AUGCAGAGCUUAUCACUGACUAAUCAUAUUCCUCCACUAACGCUCUUGAGCCAUGAACGACGAGGUAUCUUCAAUCUCAGAUGUCGACCUUCUCUUCUCUUUCCCCAAAAGCUCCUUCUAUUCUCGAAUUCCUCCACUUCGUCCUCACCUGGAGCUGUUGCCAUUUCAUCCUCUUCGUCUCCACUCGCAGCUCCGGAAUUAGAAGACGAGGACCACUCCGAUGACGAAUUACGCCGCCUAUUGGCUAUGGUACCGGAGGAGAUACGACGGACACUGGAGGAGCAUCCUGAAAUCAGUGAGCUCAUAGAGGUAGUGUUGGAUUUAGGUCGUAGGCCUCUGGCUCGAUUCCCUUCUGGAGAUUUCGUUAUCUCCGAUGACUCUGUUAGGGUUAAGGAUCUCGAAUUCGCCGUCUCUCAGGUUGGAGAGUUUACUAAUGAUAAUCGAGCUGGAAUCAGCCGGACUCUGCACCGGAUUAGUGCCAUAAGGAAUCGGAAAGGAGAAAUCAUCGGCUUGACUUGCCGCGUUGGUCGAUCUGUGAGAGGAAGCGCCGAUUUGCUGCGUGAUCUCGUCCAAGAUGGGAACUCUUUGCUCCUUAUUGGUCCACCAGGUGUGGGGAAGACUACAAUGAUUAGGGAUAUAGCAAGAAUGCUAGGAGAUGACUAUGAGAAGAGAGUGAUGAUUGUUGAUACUUCCAAUGAGAUUGGUGGUGAUGGUGAUAUACCUCAUCCAGGGAUUGGCAAUGCUAGGCGGAUGCAAGUCCCUAACUCUGACAUACAACACAAGGUGCUGAUAGAAGCGGUGGAGAACCACAUGCCGCAAGUGAUUGUGAUUGAUGAGAUUGGAACUAAGCUUGAAGCGAUCGCUGCAAGCACUAUAGCAGAGCGUGGAAUCCAGUUGGUUGCCACGGCUCAUGGAGCUACCAUUGAGAAUUUGAUUAAGAACCCUUCGUUAGACCUCCUCGUUGGAGGUGUACAGAGUGUGACUCUUGGAGAUGAGGAAGCAACCAGACGACGUGGGCCCAAGACUGUGCUUGAAAGAAAAGGUCCUUCAACGUUUAGCUGUGGUGCAGAGAUAGUUUCAAAGACUGAAGUUCGUGUUCAUCGUAGUCUUGAAGCAACUGUUGAUGCUAUUCUCGCAGGUCGCUUACCAAACGUUGAAAUCCGCAAAAUAAACUCUCAUGGAGUGGAAGUGAUUAUGGAGAAGAAGGAACCUUCUUCCAUUGACGUGACGACUUUGGAUAAGAAACACGAAGAGGAAACAUUAGAUGUUUCGAAGCCCACCAAGGAGGAAACUAUCUCUGAAGUCCUUCCAGCUAAGGAGAUUACUGAAACAGAAUCUUCAAAGCACGAGACACCGAUGUAUCUAUAUGUCUAUGGGAUUGCAGAAGCAACUGUCCUUCAGGCAAUCAAACAACUAGAGAUGGAAACUGCAGUGGAGAUAACCGAUAACAUGAGCGAAGCGGAAGCUUUACUUGCAUUGCAAUCCAAGAUCAGGAAGAAUCCUCGGAUUAAAUCAUUAGCUACAUCUCACGGUAUACCUGUUUAUGUAACAAAGACUAGUUCAGGUAUUCAAGUGGCCAAAGCGAUGCAGGCGUUACUAACCGAUUACGAAGACGGACUCGGAGAGUUUGGAUCAGAAGAUCGUCCAAAACCAUCUGAAAAAAUGGACGCCUUAGAGGAAGCGAGAUUAGCGAUAGAGAGGAUAGUGAUACCGAAUAAGGAACCAGUGGAUCUACUACCGAGGCCAGCAAAGAUUGUGUCAUUUCAAGGAAAUCUAGUGAAGAAGUAUAAUUUACGAUCAGAAAGGCAAUGGAGAGGAAACGAGGUGUAUCUACGUAUCCUCCCUUGUGGUUCGGAAGAAGAUAGAGACGGAGAUGAAGAGGAAGAGGAAGAAGAGCCUGAAGAAGAGAACGGAGGAGAGCUUGACGAGUUCGAUUGUGCCGCCGGAGAAUUAAAUGGUUUACCUUAUGGCAUCGAGAGGUUACCUCUAUUGCCUGACUAG